CGAGACACCAGUAACUAAAAAUUAAGGAAACAAAGAAAGAAAUCCAUUUAUUAAGAUAAAAUCUUUAUUAGAUUUGUCCAUAAGUUUGACUUUUGAAUACAAAAAAAUCUGUUAUUAUUUAGAUGAAAGAAACUAAACUUUUACAUAUUCAUCGUAGGUUAAAAAAUGAUCAGUGUAUUUCCAUUCGGAAUGUCAAAGGUCGAGUAGAUUCGAUUGGAGCACUUAAUCUGACAGAUAACAGUGGAUUAAUUGAUCGAGGGAUAUGAAAGUACAUAAGCAUCCAGUGAUAUGAUUUCAAGUUUUUAUGAAAAAAUUGUUGGUACAUCUACAGCAGAGCGGAACCAACAGAAAAUUCUUUGCGUCGGAUUGACUUGUUUGGACAUUGUGCAGACCUGUAAACAAUACCCCGCGGAAGAUUCCGAUCAAAGAUCUGUGGAAUACCGAUGGCAAAGAGGCGGCAAUGCGUCUAACACUUGUACUGUCCUUUCCCUAUUGGGAAGUCCGUGCGAGUUUUUUGGUACCUUAAGCGCAGAAGAACACCUAAAGUUUCUGCAAAACGAUAUGCGGAAAUAUAACAUUAAUUUUUCCCAUUGUCCUAUGGUAGAAGGCGUUGGAUGUCCUACAUCCACUGUUACGUUAAGUCUAAGUUCUGGUUCGCGGACAAUUUUACAUCACAAUCCGUGUCUACCGGAAUUAACGUUAAAAAAUUUUGAACAGCUGCAUCUUCAAGAUUACAGCUGGAUUCACUUUGAGGGCAGGAACUUGGACCAAGUAUUAGCUAUGUUGCAGUACGUAGAAAACUACAAUAACACAUUGAAUUAUCAUGAAAAUUCUAGCACGAAAGAGACCGAUUGGAGGCGGAUACCAAUUACGGUUAGCAUAGAACUAGAACGUCCGAAACAGGAACUGUUAGAUUUAUUACCAUACGUCGAUGUAGCGUUUAUAUCGAAAGAUUUUGCCCAAAGUAGGGGAUACGACAAUAUGAGCGAAACUUUAAAGAAUAUUAGCGAAGAUGCUAAGUCUGGAGCAACGCUAAUCUGUGCUUGGGGAGAUCGAGGUGCUAUGGCAAGAACACCGGAUAACAUUACCGUGCAGUCUCCGGCAUUUCCACCUCAAAAUAUCGUGGAUACGUUGGGUGCUGGUGACACUUUCAAUGCUGCAGUAUUGCAUUUUCUGAAUAAAACUAAAUUGGAUUUCAUUAAAAUGGGAAAAUCAGAAUCGUUGCAAGUAAACGAUACCAUAGAAAAAGAGGAGAAACUGAAACGGAAUAUUGAAAAGAAUUACAAAAUUGAAAGCGACGAAUGUAGUCACACAGAAUUUAUUACCCAAGACAUUUUACAAUCAGCUAUAACUUUUGGAUGCCAAGUAGCUGGUGUCAAAGUUGGUUUAAAAGGCUAUAAUAAGAUAGACGAAAUUAUUCGAGAUAUGUUAGAAAGCUAACCGAAAUAUUACGUUACAUUGCAUGUACAUAUUUUAGGGGUAUAAUUUUGUUCGAUUUUUGUUAGAAAAAAAUGAAAUUUUUUAAAGAUAUAUUUUUAUAAGUUAUAUUUGUUUAUUGGACGUUAAAAGUACAAUAAAGUGAUUUGAUGUUUUUUCA